GAGAGAGAGAGAGAGAGAGAGAGAGAGAGCAUCUUGAAACCCCCACAUUGCUUGUGUGUCGUGAACAUUUUUUGGAUCCUGUGGAGAAAAAAAAAAGACGAAGAAGGAGAAAAAAAAAAGAAGAUAAAAAAAAAAAAUGCUGCUGAGGGAGAGAGGAGUGGCGGCAUUGAGCGUUUGAAAACGUCCGCUCCCUACAGCUGAUUUCGGGGCCAGGAUGCCGGUAUUCAUUUCAAAUCGGUUCACCGUGAGAUUUAGUCGAAUAACGGGAGAGCUGCACAGCUGCUGCCGGUAUGUGUGAAACACUUCAAGCGCUGAAUUCUCGCUGUUUUUGCUCUUAGAUGUGUUGCUUUCUCUCUUCUUCUUCUUCUCUUGCAUCCAAUUGAUGCUGCGUGAGGCUGCUGGGCGACGAUGCAUCGGCGGGGCUUGACUAUGUGAAUUCGCAUCAUCUCUCAAGUGUGUUUACCCCACGCCUAGGCAAUGAAUAAUCGAUUAAUUUAGCUCGGGUUUUUUUUUUUUUGAGAGAGAGAUUGAAAAGGGGAAAAAAAAAAAAAUGCCUUCUUAUUUCGACACUGGGUGCGAAGAUGCCUGUAGCUGUGAUUGUGUCAUUGCUGCGGCACACUCCGGAGCUCCUCGGCUCCAGGCAGACACCACCAACCUCCUCAGCUGAAGAGAAGACAGCGAGUUAUCAAGUGCAUUGCCAGCCAACAGAAGCCAUAGGAGCCCGUGCAUGUAUGAGGGAGAAGGCCAGCAGUCUCCAGGGAGGAACCAUCAUCUGUCAGUGCACUAUUGAAGUGUUUGGGGCUUCCCUAGAUCUGCCACAUCCCCAAAUCCCCGUCUGAGGACUGCUGUGAGCAUUACAAGCUUCCUGAUGGUUUUUGGAGAGCAGCCCUGAUGCAUCUUGUGAGUGUGAAAACUCUACGAGCCUUUUGCCAGGUUUGCAUCACCAGACAGGAGCCGGAGCAGACGGUAGCUCUGUGUGUGUCAUGUUAGAGGCUGGACUCCUGCUUGUUUCCUCCAACCAUCAGCCAAAAUCUUUGACCUGCCCUGUUUGAAUCCCGUGUAUGAGCAGCACUCCGUUGUCACAGCAGCACCAACACUUCACAGACAUUAUUCCUGCUUCUGUGACUCCCCGUAAAAAAACAGCCCCCACCCCACAAAAUAAAAGAGACACCGGAAAACCAGGGUCAGGAUGCAGGUGUCUUUCGCCUGCACCGAGCACAACCUCAAGAGUCGCAGUGAGGACAGACUUUGUGGCCUUCGCACCGCUCCACCUCCCGGGGGGAGCAGCGGUGGAGGUGGGGGAGGCGGCGGAGGAGGAGGUGGCGGCGGAAGUGGAGGAGGAGGUGGCGGCGGAGGAGGUGGAGGAGGAAGUGGACAAGGGAGUAAUGGCAACUACACGUCCCAAGGAUCUGUCAAAACGAGGGAGGGGUCCGGGUCUCGACAGGCCCCGCAGGGUCAUGCCCACAUGAAGGAGGCCAUCGGGAGGCACACCAGCAUGAAGUACAGGAACCUGGGGAAGUCAGGCCUCCGUGUUUCCUGCCUCGGGUUAGGCACCUGGGUGACAUUUGGAUCACAGAUCUCUGACGAGAUGGCAGAGAACCUGAUGGCCAUAGCGUAUGAGAACGGAGUGAACCUGUUUGACACAGCAGAGGUGUACGCCUCUGGAAGAGCUGAAAUCACUCUAGGGAACAUUAUCAAGAAGAAAGGAUGGAGGCGUUCAAGUUUUGUCAUCACAACAAAGAUCUAUUGGGGAGGCCAAGCAGAGACAGAGAGAGGACUCUCCAGGAAGCACAUCAUUGAAGGAUUAAGAGGAUCUUUAUCAAGACUGCAGCUAGAAUAUGUGGACAUCGUCUUCGCCAACAGAAAUGACGUCAACAGCCCCAUGGAAGAGAUUGUGCGGGCUAUGACGUUUGUAAUAAACCAGGGAAUGGCCAUGUACUGGGGAACCUCACGCUGGAGUGCGAUGGAAAUCAUGGAGGCGUACUCAGUGGCUCGCCAGUUCAACCUGAUCCCACCUGUGUGUGAGCAAGCCGAGUAUCACUACUUCCAGAGGGAUAAAGUGGAGGUGCAGCUUCCUGAGCUCUACCACAAGAUCGGUGUCGGAGCUAUGACCUGGUCUCCUCUUGCCUGUGGAUUAAUCACAGGGAAGUACAGCGAUGGUGUACCGGAGUGCUCCAGAGCAGCAAUGAAGGGAUACCAGUGGCUGAAGGAGAGGGUGAACAGCGAGGAGGGCCGCAGGCAGCUCGCUAAAAUCAAGGAGCUCCAUCUACUGGCGGACAGACUGGGCUGCACUGCUGCACAGUUGGCCAUAGCAUGGUGCCUGCGCAGUGAGGGAGUCAGCUCAGUACUUCUGGGUGUUUCAAAUACAGACCAGCUCCUCGAGAACCUCGGUGCACUCCGGAUUUUAACUCAAAUGACCCCUCAAACCGUUACAGAGAUUGACGCCCUGCUGGGAAAUAAACCACACUCCAAGAAAGAGUUGCGUGCAUGAAGAUGCAAAUCUGAGUGACAGAUGAUGUUUCAAGAAUCUGAGGAAGACAAUGACAUUGGGAAACAUCGCUUUUUGCUCUGCUGUAUACUCAACAAUUUGCAUGUCCACAGCAACAUUAUGCUUCCAGUAUGUGCGCAGAUCCAUUUUGCGCAGUACAUUUUGUCAUGUUUGAAAAAAAGAAGAAAAUCUCUCAAUUGUGUGAAAAAAUAGGUCAUAUAUUGCUCACUGCCGAUUGUUCACAGACUAAUUAUUUUCUGCAGCGGUGGUCAGAGCGACUUAUCCCUGACCAAGAGGGAAAGCUAUUCAAAGCAGCUGUCUCAAAGCAGAUUUAACUCUUAAUUACUCCAAUAUUACUGACUGAAAAAAAGAUAACCCACCAUAAAAUCCACCUUUACUGUGUGAACGGUGCUUUCAUAGGAUAUGUGAGUCUCCUCCCCUCGCAGCUGCCUGUUAUUCUGUAUGAUGUUUAGUACCCAGCAGCCAAGGAGCCAAAGGUUAGCACUCAUUUGUCUAGCCUAACGUUUCCCAUAGUGUGCAUGUGACUGGUCUGCCAUGCUCACUGCUUUACAGGGUUGGGAACAAUGGAUUACUUAUGGAGUUGGUAAAGUGACCUGACUUAAUCCGGUCUGGUAAAAUUAAAAAAAAAAAAAAAAAAAAGAAGGAAAGAACAGAUCACAUGCUUUAAAAAAAACUAAAAAAAAACUAAAAAAAACAAAACUUGCACACAUAUUUUAGAAGUACUGAAAUAAAGAUAGAUUUCUGCCCAUGGAAACUUGAUCUUCAUUAAAAAGGAUGAAUCAUGUUGCAUAAAUUUGGCCUUUUAAAUUAAAGUGCAUUAUGCAAAAUUGGCAAUCAGGAGUCAUUCGUUAGAUUUUGAGAGUAUCUUUCCCAACCCUGCUGCUUUCUCAGCAGUCUCUUCGCCUCCUCUGUUUGUAAACUGUGCGCAUGUCCCUUUAAGAGAGAAAAGCCCUAACAGGGUGUAAAUGUGGCAUGGCUUUUAUGGCUUAUGUAGAUUUGCAGUGCCCUUGUAAGCCAUUUUUUUUACUCUGGCAGUUUGAUCCAGGAACCGCGUGCUGGUGGGCACUCUUGCUUUAAAAGACUCUCUGCAGUCUGAAGACACGGCUGUGUGUCCGUCUGACUUACUAUAAUCUUUGUAUUGUCCUUGCUAAACUGUAUCAAAAGAUGUUCGUAGAAUGAUCUUCCAAGAUUUCGUUCUCGUGAAGAGCAUCGUUGUUCCUAAGUCAAAGGCUCGAGGCCGUUGAAAAGUCACUGAGCAUCUGACACAAAGAUUUGGACACUGUGGUGAACUAGUAGUUUUCAAAUGAUAGGACAUAAAUGAUUUUGUCUGAGUUUAUCUAAUGUGAUAUUACUCUUGCCACAGGUCACUUGGGGUGAGAUUUAGCAAAUGUACGUUUUUUUUUUUGUGGAAGCCUAAAAAUAUAGCUUCUCUGCUCAUUUCUCUGGGAAUUUCUCUCUCUAUCAUUUGUUCCUGUGAUCCUUGCACACAUGCACAAAUACUUCUAUUCUGUGCAUUUCAUGUUUUCUCCCUUUAGUUUUGUAUCAAUUUCAAUAGUCAAGGGGGGGGGAUUUGGUCCUUUUGUGAUUUCCCAUGAAAAUAGCACUAAUCUACAGAGAGGGUGUAUUUUGAUACAUGACGUCGUUUAAAGGGGAUGCAAGGUUACGUGGUACUGUAUAUAAACGCUUCUAUCUGUCUGAAGGUUGAAUAUAUGAACUAUGGAAGAACUCCUGAAGGAGCGGCUGAGAUGUUGCUCCCCUUUGUGACUCUGUGAUUAUGUACAGUUCAACUGAGUGUAGCUUCUAGUGUACAAAAGAAAACUCCAAUCAAACCAUGAAAAUGUAACUUUUCCUGCAUAACUUAUAUUUUACUGUCUUGCAACAAAGAGAAACCAUGAGAGAGAA